CCUCGAAGCGCGCGGAGCCAUCGUCUAGAUCCAUUUUGCGCUAGGGAAGAGCUUAAAGCUCGUUUUACACAGUCGUCAAAAAUCAAAUGGGUGUUAUUGUUUACUCGAUAUAUUCACGCAUCUACGCAAUUUGGUCCCCUUUACUAAUUUCCGUGUGAAUAGAUUAUACCAAUGAUCUUAAUAUGCUCAUCGAGUUGAUAUUGAUGGCAUUCUUGCCAUCGGGCAUUUUCGGAUUCGGAAAAACGAUUAUCGUAGGCGGAUUAUUUGAGGCGGAUGAUUUGACGGCAACUGCGUUCAGGCUCUCCAGCCAAGUGUUGAACAAUGAAAGGCACGGAAACCCCGAGCUGCCGAAUCAGUUUGUCGAGGCGCAGAUAAUCACCGUUAAUAAUGAUCCCUAUGACGUGUCAGAAUACGUCUGUGACUUGGCCAACACAGGAGUGGCAGCGAUUUUUGGUCCAAGUCAUAAAGUCACCGCCAGACACGUGCAGAGCAUGUGCGACUUGAUGGAGAUCCCUCAUAUAGAAGCGAGGUGGGAUUCUCGACAGAUACGGGGAAACGGACUGCUCAACAUGUAUCCGUAUUCUUAUACUUUGUCGGAGAUAUAUCUUCAACUUGCUAAGGAUUUUGACUGGCAGACAUUCACGAUACUCUACGAAAGCACCGAGAAUCUAAUCCGAAUGCACGAACUUUUGAAGAAAUACGAUCGCAGGGGAUACACAGUGACUGUAAGGCAGCUACCUGAAGGACCGGAUUACAGGGAAGUUUUGAGACAGAUUAAAAUGUCUGGAGACCCGAACAUAGUUCUCGAUUGUUCGAUAGAAAUACUGUCGGAAGUUUUGAAGCAGGCUCAACAAGUUGGCGUCAUGUCGGACAGGCACAGCUACAUUAUUGCGUCGUUGGACUUAUCAACCAUCGACCUUGAGCCCUACCAAUACGGUGGAACAAAUUUGACCGGGUUACGUUUAAUAGACCCCGAUGAUCCAGUGGUCAUCGACACCUUUCAGAAACACGCACUGGAAUGGGGUGUGGAUAGUCCUUCCCAGAUUACGGCAGAGGCAGCCCUAAUUUAUGACAGUGUGCAAGUUUUUGGAAGGGCCCUGAAACAGCUCGACGACGCCAUUGUGGCCGACACGAAGCCUUCCUUAUGUCAAAACAUCGAUAGCUGGGAGCACGGGUCCAGUUUGAUGAACAUCAUGAGAUCGAUCGAGUCCACGGGAAUGACUGGGCUGAUAAAGUUCGACUCUUCCGGAUACCGCAGCAACUUCAAACUGGACGUGGUAGGUCUGGACCUGAAAGGUCUGCACAAGAUCGGGACGUGGAACAAGACGCAAGGGAUUACUUACCUUCCGAAGCAGUCACCAUUUGAUGAAAUAGUUGAGCUGAGUCUCCGCAACAAGACGUUCCUUGUCCUCAUAGCCAUAACGCCGCCCUACGGAAUGCUGAAGGAAUCAGCGAAGGAGGAAGUCGGAAACAACAGGUACGAGGGUUUCGGUAUCGAUAUCAUCGAUCAGCUAUCCAAACUUUUGGGCUUCAAAUACAUCUUUGAGGUCCAAACUGAUAACGUUUAUGGUUCGAAGGAUACUGUUACUGGAGAAUGGAAUGGCAUGAUAAAGAAGAUCAUGGAAAAUAAGGCGGACCUUGCCAUCACUGACCUCACAAUCACGGCCGAUCGUCAAGAAGUCGCAGACUUCACGAUGCCGUUCAUGAACUUGGGGAUCAGCAUUCUAUUCAGGAAACCAACGCCCAUGGGAUCCAGCCUCUUUUCUUUCUUGAUGCCAUUCUCGAAUGAAGUUUGGAUGUACCUGCUAGGCACCUACCUCGUCGUCUCCUUGCUUUUCUUCGUCGCCGGUCGCUUGUGUCCGGCUGAAUGGAACAACCCUUAUCCCUGCAUCGAGGAACCUGAGGAACUGGAGAACCAGUUCAGUCUGAAGAACGCCUUCUGGUUCACUAUCGGUGCCAUCAUGCAGCAAGGAUCGGAAAUCGCUCCCAUAGGCCUUGCAACGCGCAUGAUGGCCGGUUUCUGGGGGAUAUUCAUCAUGGUCAUGGUCUCCUCUUACAUUGCUAACUUGACGGUGUUCUUAGUCAUUGAAUCGAAGCCACCGCUCUUCAAGACCGCCGAAGAAUUGCUCAACAAUCCACACGGCAUCAAAUUCGGAGCAAAAGUGAGUGGCUCUACCAUCGAUUUCUUCAAGGCCUCGACACAUCCCAUCUUCAAAGAAAUGACGAAUUACAUGACAAAGAAUCAGAAGGAAGUAAUGCCGUCAUCGAAUAAUGAAGGAGUACGAAAAGUCAUGAACGAGAAUUACGCCUUCUUCAUGGAGUCGUCAACGAUUAAUUACGAAACGGAAAGGAAGUGCAACAUCACCCAAGUCGGAGGUCUGCUUGACGCAAAAGGCUACGGCAUCGCCAUGAAGAAACAUUCACCGUACCGGAACGCCCUCAGUACCGGCAUAUUGAAACUCCAGGAAAUGGGGGUCCUUAAGGAAUUGGAGGAUAAAUGGUGGAAGCAUAAAAGAGGGGGCGGCGCGUGCGAGAAAACGAAGGGUGCAACCUCAGUCUCGAAACGCUUGGGUUUGGAGAACGUUGGAGGUGUUUUCAUCGUCCUGAUAACCGGUGUGGCUUUGUCUGGGAUCUACACGGUCUGCGAACUGCUUUGGGCGGUGGGCUGCACAUCGAUGAAGGAAAACGUUUCCUUCGUGGACGAGAUCAAGGAGGAGCUGAAGUUCGCGGUGAAGUUUGGCAUCUCGAGUAAACCGGUCAGAAGGAGGAAAACGAUUACGCCUUCCAAUCAGAGCAACGGAGAUGACAGCAAUGGAGUCAGCACUCCACCUUGCAGUUUGGUGCCACCGGUUAUCACCGUAGCUCCGGAGGACGAUCGAUUCCAUGUUUGAUGAUAACGGAAAAGGUAGAAGGCGAAACAUCUGCGGAGUUGCCACGAUAACUGCUGUACUUCUGCACCAUUCAAUGUUGCGUGUGAGUUGAUCUCUGGACUCAGGAAUGCAAUAUCGGCAGUUUAGCACACCUUCGAUAUUUCAUCUUCAAAGUGUUCCGCUUACACAGCAGUCGGACUCUUCGACGAAUUAUGAACGCUAAAUAAAGUGUAAAAUGAAUUUCAUUUCAACAAGGCACGCAUUUGCACAGUCCAAUAUCACGCGAGUUAGUCUUAAUUCUUCAAGAUACGUAAUAAAUUUUAGUUUACUGAUAAUUUAUUCCCUCAUAACUAUGAAUACCUUAGUAUAAUCGUACGCACUUAAGACAUGCGGAAAAUAAACGUUUUCCAGUCAGCGGUUAAUUUCACGUUAUAAAGAGCUGCGUCGACUGGAUGGAUGCUGAAUAUGG